AAUAUAUUGAAGGAAAAAUGUAUGAAAAAUAAAAUAAGGGUGACUUUAUAUACACAGUGUUUAGUCCAUUUAAAUGGAACGUCUUAUACGGUUCCAGACGUCAGAAACAUAGAGUUGUAUAAAACAUCUCACCUCACACAGAUCCUAACUGUCACUCAGCAGCAAUAUUUUAGAUUCAUUUUAGUAGAAAUAUGAUCCAGUGUGCUGAUGGCUGUUUGCUCUCUGGGGCUUUAUUUCAGCAGUAAAUCAGCUUUAUGUUGUUAUAGUGAUGAGGAGCUCUACUGCCCGGGGAAGAGACAGUCUGCUUCACUGCUUUAUUCUACACUUUACACACUUUCACUCCUGUGUGUGUGAUGUUUAGUUUAAAUGUUGAGUUUAGUUGUAGUUUCUCUUUGUUCCUGGGUGAUGAGUGAGUGCACAGAGCUCCAGUAGGUGGCGCUGUGAGCGUCUAGAUGUCCCACAUUCCCAGAACUAGAAGAAGACGUGCUGCAGUGUUGCUGAUUGAUGAGCUGAGCUCUCCGACUCUACUAAUCAUCUUUCCAUUCAGAUAUUUCUCCCAGGGUUUUACCUCCACACUUCCAUCUGCUCAAGCUCAAGGCACCUGACAAUGGCAGUGUUAAAGACAGAGGUGUAUAGUGUGAACAGUCCCCUGAGAUGCUCCAGUGCUGCUCACCAUCAUUUCAGAGACACAGGCUUUUAACCUGACACACUGUGGUCCAGGUAUCAGGUAUGAGUUAUCCUGUCUUCUCCUGCUUUCCUCUUUCCUACAUAUCAUAAGUUUAUCUCCGCAAGAACAUCAACAGAUCCAACUAGGAUGAAGUCAGACGAGAUUAAAUGUGAGACUCUGGAGCCCACAGAGAGCCCUAGUAGUCAUCCAAGCUCAUCUUUCCAAACUAACGCCUCUCACAGACGAACGCAAAAAGAAGAUAACCACUGCUCGCAGUGUGGAAAGAGUUUCACUCACAUGAGUACUCUCAGAGAACACCAGCGCAUGCACACAGGAGAGAAGCCGUAUCAGUGCUCACACUGUGGGAAAAGUUUCAGUCAGAGGAGCACUCUGAUAAAACAUCAGCGCAUUCACACGGGAGAGAAGCCGUAUCAGUGCUCACAGUGUGGGACGAGUUUCAAUCAAAAGAGUCACCUCAAAAAACACCAGCGCAUUCACACAGGAGAGAAGCUGUAUCAGUGCUCGCAGUGUGAGAAGAGUUUUAUAGAGAGCGGUAAUCUCAUAAAACACCUCCGAAUUCACACCGGAGAGAAGCCGUAUCACUGCUCACAGUGCGGGAAGAAUUUUACUAGACUAAGCAAUCUCCAGCGACACCAGCGCAUUCACAAAGGAGAGAAGCCGUAUCCGUGUUCGCAGUGUGAGAAGAGCUUUAUUGAGAAGAGUAAGCUCAUAAAACACCAGCGCAUUCACACCGGAGAGAAGCCGUAUCACUGCUUAAACUGUGGGAAGAGUUUUACAGAAAGGAGGACGCUCCAGCAACACCUGCUCAUUCACACAGGAGAUAAACCGUAUCAGUGUUUAGAGUGUGGGAAGAGUUUUAGAGAAAAGACUGCUCUCCGAGUUCACCAACACAUCCACACAGGGCAGAAGCCUUAUUACUGUCCUCAGUGUGGGAAGGGUUUUACUACACACAGAAGCUUCCAGCAACAUGAGCGCAUUCACACGGGAGAGAAGCCGUAUCAGUGCUCGCAGUGUGGGAAGAGUUUUAAUAACCAGAGUAAUCUCCGAGAACACAAGCGCAUUCACACUGGAGAGAAGCCGUAUCACUGCUCGCAGUGUGGGAAGAGCUUUAUUAGACGAAGUAAUCUGCAGCGACACAAACACAUUCCCACGGCUGAGAUCGAGGACAUGCUGCAGUUCUCAUCAGAAAGUGUGGGAAUUAGAGAAGCAAACCGUGGCAGCACCAGUAGAGAAAGACAGGCACUUCAGACUGUUGACAGCUCUGACCCGUCGAGACCUGGACUCCGCAAGACCUCUGAAGGUAUGAGUGCUGUCCUGUUGUGUAUCUCCACAAGAAUAUCAAGAGAGCCAACUGGGAUGAAAUCGGAUGAAAUUAAAUGUGAGGAUGUCGAACCAACAGAGAGCUCCAGUCGUCACCAAAGCUCAUCUAAUAUUUCCCACAUGAACACCUCUCAGAAACCAGCGCAACGAGAAAUUCACCACUGCUCAGUGUGUGGAAAGAGUUUCAGUAAAAAGAGCUAUCUCAGACAACACCAGCGGAUUCACACAGGAAAGAAACCGUAUCACUGCUCGCAGUGCAGGAAGAAUUUUACUAGCCAGAGUCAUCUCCAGCGACACCAGCGCAUUCACUCAGGAGAAAGGCCGUAUCAGUGUACGCAGUGCAAGAAGAGGUUUAUUGAAAGUGGCAUUCUCAUAAAACAUCAGAGAAUUCACACAGGAGAGAAGCCCUAUCACUGCUCAGAAUGUGGGAAGAGUUUUACACAAUGGAGUACUCUCCAUAAACACCAGCGCAUUCACACUGGAGAGAAACCAUAUCACUGCUUAGAGUGUGGAAAGAGUUUUAAUCGAGAGGACAAUCUCCAUUUACACCAACGCAUUCACAAUGGAGAGAAGCCAUAUUACUGCUCACAGUGCGAGAAGAGCUUUACUAGCCAGAGUCAUUUCCGAAAACAUCAGCGCAUUCACACAGGAGAGAAGCCGUAUCAGUGCUCACAGUGUGAGAAGAGUUUUAUUGAGAGCGGUAAUCUCAUAAAGCACCAGAGAAUUCACACAGGAGAGAAGCCGUAUCAGUGCUCGCACUGUGGGAAGAGUUUUACACAGAAGGGUAAUCUCCAACAACACCAGCGCAUUCACACUGGAGAGAAGCCGUAUCACUGCUCACAGUGCGGGAGGAGCUUUAGUACAAACAGAAAUUUUCAGCGACACAAGCACACUGACACACAUGAGAAUGAGGACAUGCUGCACUUAUGUGAGUGGUAUCCGGUCUUCCCUUUCUGUCUUCUUUCUUACAAAUUUAUCUCUGCAAGAAUAUCCAGAGACCCAACUAGAAUGAAGUCAGACGAGAUUAAAUGUGAGAAUCAGGAAUCCACAGAGAGCUCCAGUAAUCACCAAAGGACAUCUGGUACUUUUCUCACCAGCACCUCUCAACUGUGCAAAAAGAAAAUUCACCACUGCUCACACUGUGGGAAGAGUUUUAGUCAAAAGAGUACUCUCAGACAACACCAGCGGAUUCACACAGGAGAGAAUCCCUAUCGCUGCUCACUGUGUAGGAAGGAUUUUUCCAGCCAGAGUAGUCUCCAGCGACACCGGCACAUCCACUCCGGAGAGAAGCCGUAUCAGUGUUCUCAGUGUGGGAAGAGUUUUAUUGAGAGUGGUGAUCUCAUAAAACACCAGCGCAUUCACACCGGAGAGAAGCCGUAUCGCUGCUCGCACUGUGGGAAGAGUUUUACACAAAGAAGUAACCUCCAAAAACACCUGCGCAUUCACACAGGAGAUAAACCGUAUCACUGCUCAGAGUGUGGAAAGAGUUUUACUCAAGGAACUGACCUCAGAGUACACCAACGCAUUCACACAGGGGAGAAGCCGUAUCACUGCGCGCAGUGCGGUAACCGCUUUAUUAGCCAGAGCUGUCUCCUGCAGCACCAGCGCAUUCACACGGGAGAGAAGCCGUAUCAGUGCUCGCAGUGUGAGAAGAGGUUCAGUGAGAGACGUAAUCUCAUACAACACCUGCGAAUUCACAAAGGAGAGAAACCGUAUCAGUGUUCACACUGUGGGAUGAGUUUUAAUAGACAGAGCAAUCUCCAGCAGCACACACGCAUCCACACAGGAGAGAAGCCGUAUCAGUGUUUAGAGUGUGGGAAGAGUUUCAAUCGAGAGGACGCUCUGCAAGAACACCAACACGUCCACACAGGACAGAAACCCUAUUACUGUUCAGCGUGUGGGAAGAGCUUUACUCGGCAUAGCAGUCUCCAGCAACACCAGCGCGUUCACACUGGAGAGAAACCGUAUCGCUGCUCACAGUGUGACGAGAGCUUUACUACACACAGAAACUUUAUGCGACACAAGCACAUUCACACAGCUCUAAAAGAAGACAUGCUGCAGUUCUUCUCAGAAAGUGUGGGAAUUGACUCUUCUGUGAGAACAUCAACAGAUCCAACUAGGAUGAAGACAGAAGAGAUUAAAUGUGAGAAUCUGGAACCAACAGAGAGCUCCAGUAGUCACCAAAGUUCAUCUGGUGCUUUCCACACUAACACUUCUUACAGAAAAAACGAAACUCACUACUGCUCACAGUGUGGGAAGAGUUUCAGUCAAAAGUCUCAUCUCACACAACACCAGCGGAUCCACACAGGAGAGAAGCCGUAUCUCUGCUCACAGUGUGGGAAGAGUUUCAAUCAGAACAGUAGUCUCAAAGAGCACCAGCGCAUUCACACGGGAGAGAAACCGUAUCACUGCUCUCAGUGUGAGAAGAACUUUACAAGCCAGAGUAAUCUCCAGAGACACCAGCGCGUUCACUCAGGAGAAAGGCCGUAUCAGUGUUCGCAGUGUGGGAUGAGUUUUACACAGAGUAAUGCUCUCCAAAAACACCUGCGCAUUCACACAGGAGAUAAACCAUUUCACUGUUUAGACUGUGGCAAGCGUUUUAAUCGAGAGGACACUCUCCAGCAUCACCUGCGCAGUCACACUGGAGAGAAGCCGUAUCACUGCGCACGGUGUGGGAAGAGCUUUACUAAGAAAAGCAGUCUCCGCGUACACCAGCGCAUUCACACAGGGGAAAAGCCGUAUUACUGUUUACAGUGUGAGAAGAGCUUUAGUAACCAGAGCAGUCUCCGACAACACCGACGCAUUCACACUGGAGAGAAGCCCUAUUACUGUACAGAGUGCGGAAAGCAUUUUACUAGCCAGAGUAAUCUCCUGCGACACCAGCGCAUUCACACAGGACAAAAACCGUACCGCUGCUCAAAGUGUGUGAAGAGUUUCAGUCAAAACGGUAAUCUUAAAAAACACCAGAGUGUUCACUGAGGAGAAGGUUUUAAUGACCAGAAUCAUUUUCAGAAACACAAACACAAGCUCUGACGCAGCGUGAGAGUUGUGUGAGUAGUUCUAUUCCAGAUGCUUGUUUUGGGUCACAUGCGUUGUUUAAACCUGUUUAUACUGUAUGCGUCAUUAUACAGUGUGGAAAGUAACAAUAUGUACUACUUCAAGUUCAAUAAUUAAAGUAGCAGAUGUUUUUAGUAUCUGCGCAUGCCCAGGUUGGAUAAAAAAAAGUCAGGAUUUGACCAAAAGCUCCUCUGAAAUGCCAACAAGAUCGAUGUAAUUAAACCUGAGCGACCUCGUAGGUUAGAAAGGUGCUAUAUAAAUGGAACUUCUUGUUGUUCUUCUUCUUCUUGAACUAUUUAUUUGUUUAGAUUGAUUUUAAUAUUUAAGUAAGAAAUGUAACUAUCUUUCAUCUGCUGGAUAUUUCAGAGCGCUCGGUUUGGGAUUGAUUAGUUAAUUAGCCCAUGUCCAAUCUAGACUCCACACUCAUAUCAGAGGUUAUUCAAUAAAUCAGGUCCAGCAAGAACAGCCUGUGUGAUGUGUGAUAGAUAAAACAUAAAAUACAUUAAAAUGAAUCCUUGAAAACACCUAA